UGUCUCAAAAAUCAAGUCAAUCGGUUAAAAAUUGACUGAGUUAUAGCAGCAAGUGCCCAAAAUAGGUGCCCCUGCCCAAAUGGUCCCAGACCCUAUAUACCGUAACCGCGUCUAACUCUAAUCCCAUUUUUUCGGCUUUUAAUUCCGAACCUCAUCAACCAAUGCCUCAAAAAUUAGAUCUUAACUAAUUUAUUUGCACCCCUGCUGCUAAAAAGAUAAAAAAAACCUCGAAGUUGAAUUAUUAUUAUAUAUAGAGUCAAGCAUAUGAUUGUUGAUAAGUCUCUAUCAGAUGUUGGUCGAUGUAUCACUGAUUCACUGAUUUGACGUUUGAGCAGUGUCGUGUUAUUUAGGUUGGUAUGUAAACAAGUUCAUUUUCUGUAAACACGGCACCGCUCAAACGUCAAAUUAGUGAACGCGCGAAAGGUCGAUUAGAGGUUAUGUGUGCGUGAUUUGAUGAGAGGUGGCUUUGCAUCCAGUGCAGAACAAAGCGUCGCGAAAUUUGGUGAAAGUUUUCGUUUGUUGCAGUUAAAAGUGCGUGAAAAAUGGGUCGUCCUCGUAAAACACAACACCAAAAGUCUGCAGCGAAGCGAGCAAAUGCUGCAAAUAUGCAGCAAAUCGAAAAAGUGGUAAGAUUUUUAGUGAAAUUGGCCAUCGAUAACCUCCUAACCUAACCUCCUUUUGUUUGCAGGUGCUAGCGGAACAGCAGAAAAGUGAAUCCGAACCUGAAAAGAAAAGGUCACGCUGCAAUCGGAAUAUUAAGCAGGCGAAACCCGGCGAGGGAUCGGCCUCCACAUCUGGCGUUCUAGCGGAGCCCAUACCCGACAUUGUUGACCAAAGUGUUCCGGUUGUUGCAGAUGAGCAAGUAAACAGUUCAGCGGGGCCAUCAUCGAAAGUACCGCUACCACGAUAUCAUCCAGCAGAUUCUCCACCAAACGGACAUGAUUUUGGUGGUCCUUCAAAAAUGGUAAGCGUACCAGCUGAUGGCGGACUCCGACAGAAUACACCGCAAUGCCCGAAACCAACUUCUGACAGUGAUGAUUCUUCCUGCACAAGUACGGAAGAGUUGUUCGCCGGCUUUCAAGAAAACGAAUCGCGUCUGGCCUUGGAAACCAUCAUAAAGGAACAGCAGGAUUCGAUCGAUAAGAUGGCAGCGGACUCCGAGGCGCUGCAGAAGGAAAAUGCGAAACUGCGGGCCCUUAAUAUGAUGCUUCAGGAGUCCCUGGUUCAGAAACACGACAAUGUUUCAUUCACGGAGGUCAAAGGAUAUCCUAACAGAGAAUGGCUUCUGAGUGUGUCGCAGAAUUCCGAGGACAGUGACUAUUUGUUCACAAAGGAGUUGCUGUUCCGAUUGUUCCCACAAGGAGUGGGCAACGCGACACCUUCCGGAAGGCCAUCAAACAACCCAAAAGGCCGAAACAAACUCGAAGGAAGCAGGGAGUUGGUUGUGCAACCGACUAAGCUUGACCCGGAAAAGGUGGCGUACAUGAAAGGUAACUCUGUUGUUAAUCUGUUUGUAACACAUAUUUCAUUCCUAAUUUUUAAUUUUGCAGAUCGCCUUUUCGAGAGACGCCAAAUCCUCCAGGAUCCCGUAGGGAUUGCUCUGGAGAAGUAAAAAAUGAUCAAUAAGCAUAUUGCGAAUGUUAUCGCAAAUAAUCCGACAUUGCGUAAGAUUUCUAAGUAGCUGAAGCCAGGUGGAGUGUUAUGGCAGGAUUCCAACGUCAAUAUAGCACUUCACUGAAUGAGAUUUUUUUUACUUUUUAACAUUUCGUUGAUUUUAUCGAUUUUCUGCAAGUGAAUUGAAUUGUCUUUAAGCUAAGGUUUUUAUAACAUAAAAACAAUGUUUUAUAAUCUUGCUUUUUGUAUUUUUAUUUUAUCGAAAUAAAAUAUCUCAUUUUACCAUUCUCCAGACAUUUUGAGAUAAUAUCAAAAUUUACUAUUAUUUUGACAUUAAAGACGAAUAACUAAACCUACCAUUAUUUUGAUCUGCGUAUUAAGGGCUGAUUUUUCCAUUUCUGUGUUAUCAAUAUCUCAACAACAACUAAUUUAGUUAUUCUCGUUUUGAGGCGUUUUUUGUUAUUAUUUUGUUAUUACAAUGGCAAAAUAAGUUAUUCUUAAGUUUUUAUGCCAUAGAAAUUGAGUUAUUAUUUUUGUUAUUUUAACUCUUAUUUCAAACAAACUAAUAACAAAUUUUGCCAUUCAAACAUUCUAUUUUAAUGGUAAAAUUUGCCGUUCAUUUACCAUUCCGCUCUACCCG